AAAAAAAAAAAAGCACAGAUUUGAUUGACGGAGACCCCUUCUCUCUCCGCGACCGUGACGGAGCCUUUCCGUUUCUGGCAAAUUCUCUCUCCUCUCUCUUCUCUUCGACAACGACACCCUCAAACACACACACACAUAUUUUUCACUCUCUCACUCCUCUUUCUCUCUCUCUCCUCUUUCUCUCUCCUUCAGCCGACAUCUCAUCUCACAGUAGAGAGAGAAACUAGAGAGAGAAAACAUUGCGUUUUUUCAGCUGAAGAUGAUAAUGAUGUUUGAGCUCCAUUAAUGAAUGCAGCAUCAUUCUCAGAUAUUUAAUCAACAGGAAAUUCAGCAAUGCAAGAAGAAAGUAUUUUGAUCCGAGAAGAAGAGAGAACAAGGAAAUCGGAAAUUGAAGUUUCUGAUGAUGGUCCAAUAAGAAAAACAAGGAUCAAGAGUUUGAAGAAGAAAGCGGUGAAUGCUUCAACGAAAUUGGCGCAUGGCCUCAAGAAAAGAGGCAAGCGAAUUGCUGAUUGUAAGUUCGCCGCGAUCGCCAUUGAUGAUGUUAGGGAUGAGAAGGAGGAAGAAGCAGUUGAUGCCUUCCGUUUGAUUUUGGUGGAAAGGGGUAUGCUUCCACAUCAUCUUGAUGAUUAUCAUACCAUGCUUAGAUUUUUGAAAGCAAGGAAGUUUGACCUUGAUAAAACUGUCCAUAUGUGGGAAGAAAUGAUCAAAUGGAGGAAAGAAAAUGGAGUUGAUACUAUUAUACAGGAUUUUUAUUAUGAUGAAUUCGAAGAAGUACAGCGAUAUUAUCCUCAUGGUUAUCAUGGUGUAGAUAGGGAAGGACGACCUCUUUAUAUAGAACGAGUUGGCAAGAUUGAAAUUAGCAAGCUUAUGACCGUGACUACAGUAGAGCGCUUUUUAAGAUAUCAUGUACAAGGAUUUGAAAAGGCUUUUGCUGAGAAAUUUCCAGCUUGUUCCAUUGCUGCCAAGAGACAUAUUGAUUCUUCAACUACAAUAUUGGACGUGCAUGGGGUGAAUUGGAUGAGCUUUGGUAAAGUUGCUCUUGAUCUUAUAAAGAACAUUCAAAAAGUUGAUGGUGACAAUUACCCCGAGACUCUGCAUCAAAUGUUUAUCAUAAAUGCCGGUGCUGGAUUCAAGAUGAUAUGGAAUACUGUGAAAAGCUUUAUUGAUGCCAAGACUGCCUCAAAGAUACAUGUUUUGGGCAACAAAUUUCACAGCAAGUUGAUGGAAUCUGUAGAUUCCAGCCAAUUGCCUAAUUUUAUGGGUGGAACUUGCUCUUGCCCUGGUGGGUGUCUUAGAUAUCAGAAGGGACCCUGGAAUGAUCCAGAAAUAACGAAACUGGUGCAUGCUCAAGAAAUUAUGUAUUUGAAGAGAACCACAAGCUCUUCUGAUUGUGAAGAUCUUAAAUCUAAGUUACUUGCUCGUAAGGCUAUGCGAAAUGACAUGGCUUUUGCUGAUGUGGGUCCUGACUUAGAUGGCGAGAUUCCUAGUGGUGCAGCAUUAGUGGACGACAAAGUAAGAGUGGGUGAAUCUUCGAGCAUUGGCAACCCAGUAGAAGUGGUGAGCACUGACGCCGGAGUUGAAGAGACUAAUACAAAUCAUACUUUUGAAAGGAGCGUAGAAGCUACGCCUUUGACAGUCAUUUCCCAUGUGAGAAGUUCACCAGCUGAAUUCGUAUGCAAAUUUUUUGCAUGCCUGCAUAUUUUAUUUCGGUCCUUAGGAAAACUGUGGGUGCUUAGACCAGAAGAAAAGCAGCCGAAGCUUCAGCGAGAGCCUGUUGACUUCACAACGAGCCUGUCAGAAGGCUUGAAGGGUCCUAUUGUUGCUCAGAAGAUUGAUGACUCUAUGCUUAAUCCUUGCUGGCAAAGGCUCCAGCAUUUAGAGCAGUUGGUUACAGAUCUUAUAAAUAAACCUUCAAGAAUCCCUCCAGAUAAGGAAGAUACUAUCGUUGAGUCACUGAAUAGAAUUAAAGCCAUAGAGCAAGACUUGCAGAAGACAAAGAAGGCUCUGUUUGCAACAGCAUCAAAGCAAGUAGAGCUGGCUGCGUCACUGGAAAGUCUUAAGGAAAGCAACAUGCAUGGACAAACAACCUGUUGGAGAAGACGUUACAGGCCUGCUCUUUCAGAAAGUAGAUAAGAUGAUGUUAAAAUAGUAUUGUGUAGUUCUUUAUCAACGAGUGUCACUUCUCUCAACAAAGGUUUUGCUGACUGAGGGUUGCAAAUUCUUGCAGCUGGUCUUUUUACUUUAUUGCUUCGACUGCUAGGAGUGAACUCCGGUACAGUGCAGUCAUUUCACAGUAUUAUGUGUGAAUAGCUAACUAGAUUUUGCUUUGUGUGAAUAGCUCGGCCAUACAAAUUUCAAAAAUAGAGAUUUUAGGUUAGUUUUUGAGGGAACGAUACAUAAAUACUGUUUUCACCAAAGAACUUGAGAAUAACAUAAUGAUGUAACAAUAGAUAUGGCCUAUUUUUGUAUUAGAAAGGGAAAGCCUAUAAGAUCUGGCAAGGGAUUGAGAAUAACUUUGGCCCUCAUUCCCUUUUAACAUUAUUAUAGUAAAUUUCUUGCAUUUUCAGAUUCAUUUCUCUAUAAAAUCUCUAAAUUUUUAUAA